AGGGCGGAAGUCAGUAUCUCGGACCGCUGGAGGAAGAGGGCGCCGGACCGAAGUUUUCCCUACUACGCACAAAUUGCGCGUGCGCGUUUGCACAUUCUAGUGCCUUCUAGAAAAGGUGGUCGGUAGGGCGGAGUUCUGGGACGGAACGGGGGGGGGCGGGGUAGAGCCGUGUAAGGUAGAGCCGGGCUUCUGAGCGAGUCUUACUUGGGGGUGUGUAAAUCGGCGUUCUUGUUUUACUUAAAUGUAUGAGCUAGCUAGGAGAGCACGCGACAAGUAGCAGGCUUUGUUCCCGGGCUCACGGGUAUAAGCUUCAUGGGUCAUGUGGGAAAGCGACAACCACCCUUUCUGAAAACUGCAUCUCGCGCUGCCCCGUCCUCCCAGAGCCCAAAUGGCCUGUCCGUGUGUGUCUCCGUGCGUGUGUCCGACAAUGAUCGGUCUACGCUUUGCGACCCCAGGGCCCAAAUGACGCAACGAAAUGCAGGCAGUGUGUUGGACGCGGGACGUCCCCGAUGAGCUCGGCCCGACUUAACGGACCGUGAGCCAACCACCAAGCGCGUUGCUGCGAGGUGGUUGGUUGAAUCCGGCGCCUGCGUGCGCCCCAGCGUAAGCGCUGAUUGGAAGAGCGGAGAUGACGGAUUGCCCUAUCCGCCAUUCAGCGGCAGGGGGCUUGUUCGGGUUCGAGGCGUCGAUGCCCUUACGUUCUCCUAAGGUCUUUUCCUAAGUUAAUAUGGUUGCGGCCGGCGAGCCGCUGGGACGUCGGUGAGGAGAGGAGGCGAGGUCUUUCCGAGGUUUUGGCUACGAUUCCCCUCAGCAAUGGCGCUUCGGUCGGGGUUCUGGGAGCUGUUGUCGGUUUGCAGGAACCCCGGAUGUCGGGUGGCAGUGCUGUCGACCAGUUCCAAGCCAGCGGUGAAGCCUGAAGCGGACCCCGAAGGAAAUGAAGCUGUUGCCCCGGAGUUCACCAACCGGAACCCCCGGAAUCUGGAGCUCUUAGCUGUAGCCAGAAAAGAGCGGGGCUGGGGGACAGUGUGGCCCUCCCGCGAGUUCUGGCACAGGUUGCGAGUUAUAAGGAGUCAGCAUCACAUAGACGCGCUUGUUGAGCAUCGCAAUGGCCAGACUGUGGUUUCGGCAUCCACUCAUGAAACGACUGCAGAGUGCCAUGACAGAAGGUGGUGUGGUGCUGCAGGAGGCUCGGAGAAUCUAUGAAUGAAGCAGAAGCGUUGCUUGAUACUUGUAAAUGUAAAGCUGUCAGCUGUUCGUUCAUCAGGAGAGAGUCUCUAGACGAACCGCCAGCUUGGACGUCCUGUACAGUAACCUAACAGUGGAAUGUUAUUAGUAGUUAAGAUUGUCCUCUUCUCCCCUUGUGUGUGUUUGUUUUAAAUCCAGGGCUAAAUUCUUCUCCUCUCUCUGACGUGAGAGAAGUAUUUGAGAAGAGCUGUUGCCAAUUAUAAUUAACUUUUUUUUUUUUUUGCCGUACGCGGGCCUCUCACUGUUGGGGCCCCUCCCGUUGCGGAGCACUGGACGCGCAGGCUCAGUGGCCAUGGCUCA